GCGUCGAAAAGGAGAAGAAAAAAAAAAACGAAUCAAAAAUGGAGCAAAUCACACAAUAUUUUGAGCAUAUGGAUUACGUGUCCUUUGGCGUCAUUGCGCUGCCCUGUCUGGUCAUAGCCGUCUAUGGAUUUUUACAGGUGGCCAGCGGCUUGGCCAAAAGCAAAACUGACAACAUGCAACGCUUUAACAGCAACAACAACAGCGACACCGAUGGAGUCGUUGUUGGUAGCAACAACAGCAACAACAGCAACAAUACCAACAACAACAGCAACAAACGCUGCGCACAAAAAUAUGGUGGCAAUGGUCAUUUGGCCACUUUAGCAACGACCAGUUCCACAUACCAGCAACAACACCAACAACAGCAACAACAGCUGCACAACAAACAAGUGACUCGCAAGACGCGUUACAACAACAGCAACAACAAGCGUGACGCUGCCGCCUUUAAUGCGUCAAAUGGUCAGAAACGCAACAGUGGACCAAAUGGCGCCAAAGCCGCUGGAGGCGGUGCGGGCGAUGCCUGGCUGGAGCGCAGUUAUGGACGUCGUUUUGUGUCUUCAUCCGACGAAGACAAAUUUCUGGGCCAACUCAAUUGUGGGCAUCGCAACAGCACCUCCAGCGAGGCGACUGAUGAUAUCAACUCCAGCAACGAGCAGCUCAACAAGCCCAAGUCCAAGGGCAACAGGUCACGCUCCAAGCGCCCACAACACCAUCAACAACAACAGCAGCAACACCAGCAAUCGACAAACAAACAACAGCAACAGCAACAGCAACAGACAAGCAAACAGCAACAUCAGCAGUUAGGUACAAAGCUAAAAACUCAGCAGGAAUUAGAUAGCAACAAUAACAGCAACAACAACAGCAGCAGCAGCGGCAGCAACAGCAAUGACAAAAAACACUCUUCUAGAUCGACAAACCAUCAGCAACAUGGGAAGCGUCAGUGCAACAGCAACGGCAAUAGCAACAACAACAAUGAUUCAAAGAUGCACGGCAACAAUAGACGCCAAAAUAAUAACAACAAUAACAGCAACAGCAGCAAUAACAACAGCAGCGGCAAUGGACACAAUAAUAGCAACAACAACAACAACAGCAUCAGCAUUAAGAAACAAACGGCUGUUAAGCAAUGCGAUUCGGCCAACUCAGACUCGGCCAAUUCAUCAUCGGCAAUAAGCUCGACAAACACCACACCGAACAGUUCACCCACAAGCGGCCAUCAUGGAGUCGGCGGAGGAAUGAGAGGAGGAGGCCAGCACCACCACCACCACCACCAUCACCAUCACCACCACCAGCAGCAGCAGCAGCAACAUCUCAGCUGCUCGGGCGACUGGCAAGCACACCAGUCGCGAAAGCUUCGUCGUAACGAGCAGCUGCUCCAACGUCAUCGCCAGUGCCACAAUGCGAAUUUUCUGGUGGCACCAUUGCGGGAAUACGAGCGCAUUAACAUGGACGAUGCGACAUUGGUGGAUCAAUUGCGUCGCCACCUGAUCGACCAUCAUUUGUUGCGCGUGUACGGCUUUCCCGUCGCGAGCGUGGUGCAUGAGGGCGCCAUCGAGAUCUUCAAGUGUCUGCCACACAUGACAUUUGCGGCCGCCAACGGCAUGGCUGUCGCCGAAUCGGCACUCACCGUAAUUAAUUGCAAUGAUGGACUUAAUACGAGCACCUUUCAGUACAGCAGUCAGGAGAUGGGCGGUGGUUUGCUGUUGGGCGGUGCCGGGGACGGCGAAUGCCAGUCAGCAGCGCAUGGCAGCAGUCAACCGUCCACGGACUCGGGCAACAUAUCACCACGCUCUCUGGACUCUGAAUCGGGCAGUGAGUGGAGCGAAUGCGAAUCGGCCCAAACAAUGAACGAUGCGACCACCACAUUCAACAUUGUGGCCAAUGGCAGCCUGGAGCUGUAUUGCCAGUAUACGGAGUCACAGACUCUGGCCAAACAGUGUGCACGCUGCAAGCGUGACUUUCUCGUCGACGAGCACACCGGCCAGUAUUUAACCACGGAGCAGUGCACCUAUCAUUGGGGCAAGUAUCAGCGCUAUUUCGAUGGUGGCAGCUGGCUGACUCGCUGGACCUGUUGCAAUGCCACCGAGGAGGCGGGCGGCUGCUCCAAGCACGAGCUGCACGUAUGGACGGGCUCAGUUGUGGGUGUCAAUGGGCCCUAUCAUGACUUUGUCCAUACGCGUCAUCGCAACGGAAGUGUCGGCAGCAGUGGCAGUGGCAGUGGCACCAACGUCUAUGCAUUGGACUGCGAGAUGUCGUAUACAGGACGUGGCUUGGAUGUGACCAAAGUCUCUCUGGUCGCACUCAAUGGACAGCUGGUGUACGAGCAUUUCGUGCGUCCCGUUGCAGACAUUGUCGAUUAUAAUACACGCUUCUCCGGCAUCACAGCCAAGCACAUGGCCACGGAGGGUGUCAAGACACUGGCGGAGGUGCAACGCGAUCUGUUGCAGCUAAUCGAUGCUGACACCAUACUGAUUGGUCAUGGGCUGGACAACGAUUUGAGGGCGUUGCGCAUUGUACACAAUACGCUGAUUGACACCUCAAUAGCGUUCCCACACUCAAGUGGAUUCCCCUAUCGGCGCGCCCUGCGCCAUCUCACCAAAAUGCAUCUGAAGCGGGAGAUCCAGUGCGGCGACGGGACAACGGGGCACAGCAGCUUCGAGGACUCACGAGCCUGCAUGGAGCUGAUGUUAUGGCGUGUGCGUCGCGAUCUCAAUGCCGACUACUGGGAGGAUUAGGAUUAGAUGAUUAGGAAGCGUACGUUCUAGUUACUAAUUAUAGCUCAUACGUAUCCCUAACUGUAGCCGUCAAUAGUACAUACGAGUAGUUGUUAGCUAUGGGCGUGGCCAGUGCUGCGCUUUUGUAUUUAAUCUCAACACGCGUGAGUGGCAAGCGAAAUGGCAAAAGUCGUUUUUGUGUCUAUUUUUUUUUUUUUUUGUAAGUCAAAAUUUUUAUGUAGUUCAUAAGCGGAAUUAUUUAUAGAUGGUAUGCUAGCUAGGAGGUACACACCAUUAAUAUAUUUGUUUUAUUAGUUUUCCUUUUUGUUUUCGAGCAACCACAAAAAAAAAUGUACUGAAGUUUUAACUGUGAUGUUUUUUCACUUUCUCACAUAUACAACCGAAAAUGAACUGUAUAAGAUGGAAGCACUUAAUCAACGACGACAACAACAAAAACAACAAACAAACAAAAAAAUAUUAUACAAAUAGCUUACAAAAGAAUACAUAAAACGUAAAUAUAUAUGUAGAAAUGCGAAAUGUGAAUUCAAAAUUGAAAAGCACGUUCACAACAUGAUUUUGUUUUUUCUUUUCCUGUUUUUUUUUUAUUUUUAUUUUGCACACGAUAAAAAGUACGAAUGAAGCAUCUCAUAAUUUCUAUUUUACAACACACGUAAUACUAUAUAAGAUUUGUUUUUUUUUUGCAAAAUACUUAGUUUAUUUAAUUUGUUUUUUUUUUUCUUAGCUAUUAUUAUUUUUAUUAUUUAUUUGGCGAUUCAUGCAAUGCAAAGGGAGAAAAGAAUAGAAAAUAGAGAAGACAAAUUGUUGAAAUGAACAAUUUGCGUUAAUUUUUGAUUGUUUUCUUCUUCUUUUUUUUGCAUAGCUGGCAGAAAAAGUUCAUUGAAAAUUUCUUCAAGUGCAUAAUUUUUUACCUUGAACUCCAUCGCGCAUUCUACCAGCAGCCUAGGCAAGAAUAAGUUUAUACGAUAUGGCAUGAAUGUAUGUACUAUAUAGUAUAUGUAUAUAACAACUUAAGGCAUUCUGAAACAUAUAAUGUUGGCAUUGCAUAUCUUUCAAAUUUGCAUCGUUAAUAAUAAUACCUUGCAUACCAUGUAGUCUUAUUAUUAUCGCUAUUCAAUACACAACACAACUUUAAAUAUUUACUUAUGUUCCUAGCAGCUAAAGCAAGCGACAAUUAUACUAUCAAGAUUUAGUUGAAGAUGACGCAGUAAUUAGCUGUUAACACUGUUGUGACACGUUAACUAUACAUAUUCAUGCAUAUAUAUAAAUUUUACAAUAUAUACAUACAUACAUAUGAGAGUAAAAUGAUGAUGAUGAUGAUGAUGAUGAUGCUGAUGAAGAUGGUCAUGCGAAUGUUGAAGAAAAUUCAAAAGAAACAAACAUACAA